AUGUCGCAAAAUACUCGUUCAAUUUUGAAACACUUCAUUGCUCAAGAGCAAGCCGAAGGUGUCGGUGCAAGAGUUAGAAGAUCAAUUGGUACAGCAAAAAUGAGGAAGUUCUCUCCAUUUUUAAUGUUAGAUCAUUUUAAUGUGAUCCCACCUGCUGGUUUCCCCGACCAUCCACAUCAUGGUCAAGAAACUAUUACAUAUGUUCGUAAAGGUAUGGUUGCCCAUGAAGAUUUCACGGGAAGUAAAGGUAUUUUAAGACCAGGUGAUCUACAAUUUAUGACAGCUGGCAAAGCAGUUUGCCAUUCAGAGAUGCCAGUUCUUAUGGAGAACGGUGAAAUACUAGAUGGAUUGCAAUUAUGGGUUGAUCUACCGACAAAUUUGAAAAAUACAGAACCAAGGUACAGAGAUUUACAUAAAGAAAAUAUUCCAAUUGCUAAACCAGAUGAAAAUUUGGAGAUUGAAGUCAUUAGUGGAAAGUCUUAUGGGAUUGAGUCUGUCAAGGACUUGGCGUACACACCUGUGGAUUUCUACGUUUAUAAGGCUAGAAAAAAAGGGAGUGCAUUCACUCAAGAUUUUUCUAGAGAUUAUAAUGUCUUUUUAUAUAUUGUUAAAGGGUCAGUUGCUAUAGGGAAUGAAGUAUUUCCACAGCAUUCCUCUAUUUUCUUUAAUACAGAUGGUGAUAACGUCCAAGGUAUUGUAGGAUCUGAUGACACAGAAUUUGCAAUAAUUGGCGGGCAAAUUUUACGUCAAGAAACUGUACAACAUGGUCCAUUCGUUGAGGAAACAGUAGAAAAAUUAGUAAAAGUCUUCCAUAAUUACGAAUCUUAUACUGGUGGUUUUGAAAGAGCUUUAAAUUGGAGAUCUUCGAUCAGGAAUGGUAUCGAUGAAAGUCAAGCCGCUAACCAUAAAUAA